GCGAGCCCAUCCAUAGAUUCAUCUCUCCUCCCUGCGUUAGGGUUCCACUCCCAUUCCUCCUCCGGCCGCCACCUCCGCAUCGACCUCCUCGGUUGCCAUGGUGAUGGAUGACCACCAACUCCGGCUACUCCAGAUCCCUCCGCCUAUCCACCCCGAGGAUCCGGAUUCUCCUCUCCCGGAGACCAUCCUCAUCGACUCCUUCGGCUACCUCAGCGACCGCACCAACGCCACCACCGCCCGUGGCCGCAGGAGCAGGACCAAGAAGAAGGGCAAGCGCAUCCUGGUCACCUUCUGGCCGGCUGCCCCGCCGCGCGUCUCCUGCUUCAUCGUCCACUGCCCAGAUCUGAAGCCCGAUGCAUUCGCUGACAUGCCCAAGAUCUCCUAUACGGAGGAUGGCCUCGUCCUGCUCCGCAUCACCAUCUGCCCCGAGCGCCAGCACGUGUACACCAAGAACAUUCGCUACUUCGUCUACCAGGCCGGCACCAAGAAGACGCCGCCGUCGGUCAAGCUCGUCCACUGUCCCCCCUACUUCAGGAUCUACGACCAAGAGGUUGCCUUACUGCACUGCCACGACCAAGAGAUGUUCUUCAUCGCCGUGCUCCGCAGGGCCUUCAUUGAGCGGGAGUACACCGACGGGCACUUUAAUCUCCACCUGUACAACUCCAAGACAAAGGCAUGGAGCACCAAGUUGAUGCUUCUUGAUUCGCCCAAGGAUUUUGAGUUCCAGUCUCCCAACAAGGGGAUCACCAUUGGAGGGGAGCUUGGUUCAGUGGGUUGGGUCGACCUCGGGCGGGGCAUUAUCAUCUGUGACCUUCUCCUCCUUGACAGCAACCAGAGUCUUCGCUACAUCCCGCUACCUUCGCCGCUGUCGCCCGAUCCGCUCAUUGGUUAUCCGUUGUAUGUUCAGAACAUCACUGUUCUCCAAGGUUACAUCAAGUAUUUUGAGAUGCACAAUAACGUCAGACCGGGCUCAGACACUGGAAGCUCCCCGAUAUCUCAAGGUUGGAUUGCUGCAACAAAAAAAUUAAAAAUUUCAAGCAUUGGUUCCACUUCUGAUAGCAGCAACUGGGAGGAGGACUGCACUAUCAGAUGCCCAGAUGAUGUACCAUUGGAUAACCCUGUGUAUGCCCAAAUGCUACUACCUAAUCUGCAGGAGCGUGGUGAUGAUACCAAGCCAAACCUCAAGAGAACUUGUCUAGGCUAUCCUGCUCUUAGCUUGCAUGACGGUGAUGUUGUUUACCUUAUGCACAUGCCUGAUACCCUUGGGGAUAAGGCUUGUGUUAUUGCUCUUGAUAUGAGGAACAAGGCUGUAAAAGGCGUGGCUAAUUUUGGCGGCUCUGGAAGACCCCUGGGUCAUUGUUUCACCUACUUUCCCAGUGGGAUCUCCAAGCAUCUGGGCAUUUUCUCAUCAACCAGGACAAGCGUGCAUGCGCUAGCUUCUCUCUUCAGGUUUCAGCCAAGCGAUCGAUGAAGCAAGGACAGUAGCUACAACAAAGAUCGUAGUAGAAGCAGCUAGGAUUGUUGAAGUCGCGCAUGGCCAUGUAGACCUGAUGAACGAGUCCUACCAAAUAGAACUGAAUAAACUGGCAAAUGUUUCACUAAAUGGGAAAUGUUAACUGGUGAAUGCGUUCAGUACUGUCCCUAUAUUUGUACCAUUCGUCAGAUAUUAGAGUUAGACUAAAGAGAGUAAACAGGAGGAAUUCCUAUUAAAUGGGGUAAUUGCUGUCACAAAUGUUAGACUAUGGAUAAAAAGUGAAAUUCACUCUAUAGUUCAAGAUUAUAAGAUUUAUAUUAUUAGAUUCACCAUGACAAUUAUGCUCAGUCAU